AUGGCACCGUUAUGGCUCUUUUGGGUGGCAUCAUCGCCUACAACGAAACUCCUAAGUCGGGCUAAUACACCACCUUCGUCUGCCUCAGGCGUGGCAGCAUAUUUGGCCGCGCAGUGGCGAAAUCCCAGAGACAUCCUUUCAGUUCUUCUUCUCAUUGGUCCAGAAGUCGUCAAAUGUGCUAUUGCGCAGCUUGCCGGGCGGACCAUGACGCCCGUCGCCUUUUCCUUUGGAUGGGUGGCAUAUGCCUCUGCAACUCUACUGUCUAGCUUUGGGGAUGGGCGCUUGAUGCCGGACUCUGAAUCCAUGCUGACAGUCAUUAACGUCAACAGCGGACACAGCCGACUCACCAAGAAUUGGGUGCUAGGUCGUUUAUGGCGUGACCUCAACGAUAACAUUGAUAAGGGAUUGAAGGACGAGGCGCCUCAUAUAUCUGCAGAACAAGGCGACUUACAAGAGCAAGCUGCGUCUACUUAUUCUAGGAAAGAAUCUAUGCAAAAGGAAAAAAGACCUUUCGAGGGACUUCGUAUCACUGUGUACGAAGUCGAGGAGAAUACUCCCGAAAAGCCCAUUACUCACGGCAUUCCGUCUCUUGACUUUGUGUGGUAUAUGGGUAUUGCCGUCAUUGUCAUGCAGCUCGGCAUUGCAGCUAUUCCUUGGGGUAUUCAUGGUCAGUGGGACACAUUUAUGAUCACAGUAGUAGGCAACCUGCUCGCCGUCGGCACAGCAUCUCUACCGCAGUGGCGAAGUGAGAAAUGGGCCGCUCCGAAACAGGGAGGACAGACUGUCGCAAUCACUGAAGGAAAUGGCUCUCGCAGUGUUAUAGUUAUCCUCGGCAAGAAAGGAGUAGGACUACACCUCGAAGUCAUGGCACGCGGAACUCGGACAGCACCAGCUUUUCUAUCAACGAAAAUAUGGAACUCUGUCCUUGCUUUACUAUGGGUUAUGCUGCUGGUGACGGUCGCCGGGAUGGAACAGAAUACAUGGUGUAAGUAUUAG